GCCAUCUUGAGGCGGCGGCGGGCGCGGGGCAGGGCGGGGGUGGCGCUGCCCGCCCCUCCUGCCCGGCCAUGGCGGCGGCGGAGCCACGGCAGGCGCUGGCCCAGCGGCUGCGGGACUUGGGCAUCGCCACGGUCACGGCCGAGCACCCCGAGGUGUUCACUGUUGAAGAAAUGAUGCCUCACGUCCAACACAUGAAAGGAGGUCACAGUAAGAACCUUUUUCUUAAAGACAAAAAGAAGAAAGGAUUCUGGCUGGUGACUGUUCUGCACAACAGGCAAAUUAAUUUAAAUGAUCUUGCUAAAAAACUGGGUGUUGGAAGUGGAAACCUAAGGUUCGCUGAUGAAAAUGCCAUGCUGGAAAAGCUAAGAGUGGGCCAGGGCUGUGCGACACCACUAGCCCUCUUCUGUGACCAGGGAGAUGUGAAGUUUGUGCUGGAUGCUGGCUUUCUGGAAGGUGGCUACGAAAAGGUGUAUUUUCAUCCAAUGACAAAUUCUGCAACCAUGGGCUUAAGCCCUGAUGACUUUUUGAAGUUUGUGAGAUCAACAGGCCACGAGCCUAUCAUCAUACAUUUUGAUUAAGAUCUUAAGUAGACAAAGUUCACUUUUCUAUUACCAGGCAUAGAUUUUGUAGAGCAAAAGAGCAAAACUGGUGAAAGUCUCAUUACAAAUAAAAUCUGAAAAAACAA